CGCCACCCCUACAAGAAUUGAAAAUUCCCAAUUCUUGAGCCAAAAUUUCCUAAUUUUCCCCUCAACCCUAAUUCCUUACAGUCACGACUUCUCCACGACUCCAUCUCCGGAGAAUCGGCGAUCCCUAACCUCUACCAGCUCCGUUUUACGGCGGCGGACCAUCUCCGUUCGUCAACAUCAGACGAUUAUAACACUGUUUCAGUGUUUUGAGGUAGAAAGAAGAAGAAGAAGAAGAUAUGGAUGUUGACAUUGACCAUUACACCAUUCUUGGAUUACCAUCUGGUGAAGAAGGAUCGAAGCUCUCAGAAAAAGAAAUAACAAAAGCAUACCGAUUAAAAGCUUUAGAAUUACACCCUGACAAAAGACCAGAUGACCCAAACGCCCCUUCCAAUUUCCAAAAACUACAAACAUCAUACCAAAUUCUUAAAGAUGAAAAAGCCCGAAAACUUUUUGAUGAUCUUCUUCGAGUAAAACAACAAAAAAUUCAACGCCAAUCACAACACGACUCCAAACGUAGAAGAAUGAUGUCAGAUCUUGAAGAAAGAGAGAAGAAUGCUUUUUAUCAUCAAGAUCCAACUUCAAAAGCUAGAAAUGAAGAAGAAAGUAUUGCAAGAAAACUUAGAGAAGAAAUUAGUAGGAUUCGUGCAAUGCAUGGAAACAAUAAAACGGGUUUUACUGAAACCAGAGAAUUUUCUAGAAAGAAAGAAAAAGAAGAUGAAAGAAAAACUAGUGGGGUGGAGACAAAUAUGGAUAAAGAGAAGAUGCUUAAGGUGUCAUGGGAGAAGGGUGGUUUGGAGUAUAGUGCGGAAAGAUUGAGGGGGUUAUUUGAAACAUUUGGUGAGGUUAAGGAUGUGGUUAUUAGAAGUUCCAAGAAAAAGGGUUCAGCUCUUGUUGUCAUGGCUUCCAAAGAAGCAGCUGUGGCAGCAACUGGAACUGUGUGUGGAGAUCUUUCAAAUCCUUUAUUGGUUAUACCUCUUCAACCUACUGUAGCUAAUUCUUUUCCAACAUUUCGUGAGCCUGUGAAGUCUUCAAAUGGUCAACUUGUAAAUGAAGACCUUGUUGGAGCUAGAUAUCAGGCGUUUGAAGAUUCUGUUUUGCAAAAACUUCAAAAGGCUGCUGAGAGACAAAAAUGAGUUUUUGUAGAAUAUCUAGAAUUUAAAUUCCAAAAUUGCUACUUAUGUACAUUGGUUAUGUUAUAACAGAAAGAUAGGUAACAUGCAUUAGUAAAUUUGAGUUAUUAGAAAUCUUGUGCAAAUUUGAGUCCAAAAAUUAACUGAAGAGAGUAUUAUUAUUGUCUAUGGUGUGAUAUUUAUUUGCUUUUCUUUAGUUACAUGAGACAUGACGUUUAUUGAUGAGGGAGAGAAGGGUAUUUUUGACUU